AUGACACAUCUGUACCCAAAAAAAAAAAACCCUUUUCUUCAAGUAAAUAAAGAUAGAUCACAAACAACCAACAUACAUGGAAUUGUAGGAUCUAGCUUCCCAAUUGUACCACCUGUUCCAACUGGUUCCUCUCCCAACACCAAACUGUCACCCCCACCCGACACCAAAACCCCAAACAACUCCUGUCAAAAGAAGAAGGCACCGCCUCCACCACUACCGUCGGACGAGGAGGAAGGCGCACCGGAGGAGGCACUAGCUCUCUCGCCAAAACCUUUGGGGAAAGCACUAGCUCCAAUACCUUUAGCGAAAGCACCGCUGCCGCCUCCACCUCCGAAGAUUAAGGCGGUAUCAGCUCCCUCCUCAAAACCUCGUCCGAAAGCACCACCUCUGAAACCUUUGGUGGACGCACCUGCUCCGAAACCUAAUCUGGUGCCCAAAGCACCCGCUCUGAGGCCUAAUCAGGUGCCCAAAGUACCAGCUGCACAACCUCCACAAAAAGGACCUGCUCGGAGACCUAAUGGGGGACAGAGAGCACCUGCUCCAUUGACUUGUUGGUGA